CAAGGGGGGUUCACUUCGUACGUCAGUAUACGAGCCUAUGGCUCCUCACACAGUUUCCGAUGCUGCUGCCACUCAGCAGCAGCAUUGAUAACGAUCCUGCCUGAAGUCUGCCUGUGUGUCUCACUGGCUACCCGCCUGUGAGCCUCGCUGGCUGCUCGCCUGCAUGUUUCCCCCGCCUUCACAUAGCCUGUGUGCCACACAGUCUGAACACAACGCCGCGGCAAGCAGAUCGGCGCUCCUCCAUUACGGAGUGUCGCUCUCCGCUGCGACUCUGCGACACUGUGGAACGCGCAAUGCUCAGAUCGUCGUCGCGUUCGCCUCCCCUUACAUCAAGCAGGCUGCUUGUAGUACAUCAAAGCAGCCAUGGUCUCGUCCUCUCAGUCCAAUUCCGACGCUCAUCUCUAUUACCUCCACGCGAAAUUGACGUUAGAAGCACUAGUACUGCCAGUCGAAUCCUCAGCAACUGCUAAAUCUCGUUCCCGUUUCUCGGAAUCAAGUUCAGUGCUUGCUUGCGGCGGCACGAAGCGGCGCGAAGAGGUGCUCGCGAACGCUCGCGAUCACUCGCGAAUUCGCACUCGCGGCUCUGACGAAGUUCUUCAUGGCGCAGUCGGCCUUCGCACGCCAGCCUUCUUCGCCGCUCGUCAUGGAGCCAAUCGCCUUCGCAACAACUCCUGCCACUGGCAGUGCCUUCGACGCUUCGGAAGCGGCAACCCCCGGCGGCGACGCAUCUCCGAGAGGCGAAAACAGGAGCGCAAGCACAUCCCCCAUCAUCGGGAGAAGUAGGUGGGGAAUUAAUUCUUCCACUGGGGGAAGUAUUACAACUCCCGCUCGCUCUGACUUCGGCUCUUCGGAUGUGGCCCAGUCCGCCCCUGCCGCGCGGCGCCCGCAUCACCGCAGAUCCCAGAGCAUGUCAUGCGAGGUGACUUCACUCUGGAGCAGCAGCGGCCCGUGGUCUGCGAAGGCCGGAGGCAUCCGCGGCUCGGAGCUUACUAUUAGUAUCACUGAAAGUGAUGCUAGCCACGGGAUCACGGCUAGUAGAUCCCUGGAGUAUCUGCAGUCGCCUUCGCCGCGCGGGAGCUAUUCUGUUUCGCAAACCGCCGCGAUUGCCGGCCACCACAGCAAGUACUGGUCUAGCCCGGCGAAAUCGCCGGUUGCGCAGCUGACGCCGGUGAAGGGACACAGGAGGUAUCACUCGAUCAGCGAGAUCGACGGGUCCCUAUUCGAAGACUUCGCUGCUAACGACUGGGAGGAGUUAGGUGCUCACGCUGAGCUGAAACCCUAAGCUGGAACAAUGGACGCGGUAAGCCGCAGACCCAGAAGUUGCGCUGUAGAUUACUUCGCUGCUGGGGUUUUAGCAGGUUAAUGUGUGAUUUAUGGUUGUUGCCUUUGUUAGCAAGUUGUGGCUUGUAUUGAACUUCGGGUUUCUGUGUAAUGCGGACUUCCGUUAAAACAGGC